CUCGGCCUUAUUUAUUUUGGCCCUUCACAGGCCCAGGCCGUAUUUGGGCUCGCUGCAGGACGAGCUUAGACAAAAGGCCUAACCCAGCCCGUUGAUUAUUCAUAUGAUUCCUCAACGGCGAUUCGUCUGCAACAGAUGUCCAUGUUGUGCGUGCUCUUCUCCUGCUCUUCUUCCUCAUCCCGUCCUCCUUUUCCUGUUGUACGGUCGUCCGCCCUCAGCAAGCAUGGCCACAGACUCCUCUCGUCCAUCCGCGUGUCUGAACCCACCUCAGCGGAUAGCCUCAUCCGCAAGUUCGUCGCUUCAUCUUCCAAGUCCGUCUCUCUCAACGCGCUCUCCCAUCUUCUCUCCAACGACCUCCCAUCUCUCGCCCUCCCUAUGUAUAGAAGAAUCUGUAAGACGCCAUGGUUCAAAUUCAACCCGAAACUUACAGCAGAUGUCGUUGCGUUGCUUGGCAAGCACGGCCUCGUCCUCGAAUCACAAGCUCUAAUUUCAGAAUCCAUUCUGAAUAUGGGACACCAAGAUCUAGCUCUCUUUUACCUCAAUCUUGUGGAAUCUUACUCGGAGCACAGAUUGAAGCAGCAGGUCUUUGAUUCCUACGAAUGUCUGAAGCAAGUGCUGCCCCAGUCAUCCUCUCUGGGCCGUCGAUCCUACGUGUCUAUGAUCAACGGCUUGUGUUUAUUGGACCUACCAUGCGAUGCAGAAGAAAUGCUCGAAAAAAUGGGAAAUGCAGGGCAUAGACCCUCUGCAUUUGAGUUCAGACUGGUUGUGCUUGGAUAUGGACGGUCUGGAUUGUUUUCUGAUAUGAGAAGAAUUCUUCACAAAAUGGAGGAUUGUGGGUUUGCUUUGGAUACAGUCUGUGCAAAUAUGGUUCUGUCUUGUUACGGGGUCCAUGGGGAAUUAUCUGAAAUGGAUUCUUGGCUCGGAAGGAUGAAGGAUUUAGAAAUUGCAUUUUCCAUUCGAACGUACAAUUCGGUCCUAAAUUCAUGCCCGACAAUCAUGUCAAUGCUUGAAGAGCCUAAAUCUCUUCCCCUCUCGAUCGAAGAACUGUUUACCAAGCUUACAACUGAUGAGGUUUUGUUGGUUCGGGAGUUGGUUAGCUCAGGGGUGUUGGUUGAGAUCUUGGAAUGGUCUUCAUCAGAAGGGAAAUUGGAUAUGCAUGGAUUGCACUUGGUUUCUGCCUUUUUAAUCCUAUUGCAGUGGGUAGAAGAGCUGAGAACAAGGCUUUGUGCAGAAGCAGUUGUUCCUUUGGAAAUUUCAGUGGUUUGUGGAUCGGGUAAGCACAGUAGCAUUAGAGGGGAAUCUCCCAUUAAAUUGUUGGUUUCAGAGAUGAUGUUUCGGAUGAAUAGCCCUUUAAAAAUUGAUAGAAAGAAUGUUGGAAGAUUUGUUGCCAGAGGAAAAGCAGUGAAAGAUUGGUUAUGUUGAUGUGCCUAAUCCAGAAUUAGGAGCACCACCUCUCAUUUCCUUUGUUGGGAUGAGAAAAGGUGUUAGCCUGAUCUAGCUUGGUUUACCUGAUCUGUUCCGAAUUGUUUUAGGCUUUGAACAUUCAAUACCGUGGGCCGACUCUUCUUGAGGUUGGGUUAGCUUGGGUUGACCCUCAUCCUGACCCAACCUGUCCAAGUUGCACCCCUGUUCAUACCUACUCACUACCGUGUACACAGGCUUGUACAAUUAUGAGUUUGGAGUCAUCCCAUCUUGCAUGCAUUGCCUAUGGUGGGCCACAACAGAUGAUCCUAGGAACUUUUGGUUCUUGUUUACCUGUUUUCCCAGAAAGAGCAAAUUGUGUUUGCUUCAUCCUAUUAUGAUAUUUCCUAGGAAAAUUUUGUAAUCCGUUUGAUUUA